AUGACGGGACUCAGGAUCCGGAGUGCGUUCGGUCGGUUUGCGCGGCUUCCUUUUCUCGCGCCAUCCACCGUGCUGCUCUGCUUUCUGAUUCCAGAAUGUUUCUCCCACCCGCAGCCCUGUCAGAUUCUCAAACGGAUUGGACACACUGUGCGCGUCGGGGCUCUGCACCUACAGCCACGGCUCUUCAGUCACGAUCCCACCUUCAGGGGCAAGAAAGAACCCCUUGUCCCCGUGGAUGAAUGGGACGCGGACGGAGGCUCGAGGGAGGCAGCGGAGAGACAGUUGGAAAAGAUUACCAAAAGUGUUAAUGACCACGGAUUACGCAGCCUAAGGACUAAAGGCACGGGGAACAACCACCAAAGGGACAGGGGGUCUAAAAGUAAAAAUAUAUACAAACAGGUGGACAGCGGGAAUCGUGUGUUUAUGCCAAGGGACUCUAUCAUAUUAGCCAUGGAGACGUUAAACCGCAUGGUCGGUUUGUUACCAUAUAAUCUCUCACUGGAGGUGGUGAUGGCAGUGGAAGCGGGGCUCGGGGAAUUACCCGCGUUCUCCUUCUCAUCUUCCCCUACCCCUGUGUGUGAAGACCCCAUGUCGUUUCUACAGAGUGUUUGUCAUACUGUUAUAGUCCAAGGAGUUUCUGCUAUGAUGGCUUUUCCUCAAACGAGGGACGACCUGGUGAAGUUGGAAUUUAUCGCGUCAGCGCUUCAGAUUCCCGUCAUCAGUGUUGUCCAGAACGAAUUCAAACGGCAGAGUAAGAACCCUCUCCAUUUCCAGAUGCCGAUGCAGAACCCGGCCCUGCCCCAGGUGGAGCUGCUCUACUCCCUGCUGGUGAUCAACAGCUGGUAUGACGUCAGCCUCCUGCUCUGUCAGGAAUGGAACGUCUCCAGCUUCCUGGUUCGUCUCCGUAACAACACCAAGUUCCACCUGGGUUCUGUGGUCAACAUCACCACCUCCAGCACCUCGCUCAACUCUCACCCCAACAGCUCCGUCUCCAAGGUCGACUUCCAGACCUCUCUACGGGGAUACCUGGAGUCCAUCAAGGAGUCGACGUCUACGGUCGUAACAUUCGGCUGCGACAUCCGGGACAUCAAGAGGAUCUUUAAUGUGGUGACCAAGCUGGGCCUGAUGCUGCCAAAGUACCACUGGGUGUUGGGGGACACGCAGGACGUGGAGGAGCUGAGGACCGAGGGGCUGCCAGCGGGACUGCUGGCCCAUGGCAGGAUGGGGACUCCCUCCCUGGAUCAUUACGUCCAGGAUGGACUGGAGCUGGUGGCCCGGGUGGUGGGGUCAGCUGCGUACCGCUCCCCUGAGCUAGCCCUCAUCCCCUCCAUCACCAACUGCAUGGAUACACAGAGCAGCCAGAACAGGAACAUGACUUCAGGGAAAUAUCUGUCCAGGUUUCUGUCCAACAUGUCAUUUGACGGUCUGAGUGGUUUCAUCUCGUCCCAGGAGGAGACAGUGAUCUCCUCAGAGAGCCAUCACUUCAUCUGGUCCCUGCAACACGACCCCAUAGGGAACCCCAUGUGGACCAGGCUGGGCCGAUGGAAGCAUGACAGGGUGCUCAUGGACUACACUGCCUGGACCAACAAACAGAUAUCCCACCAGAGAGGGGACUGGCGGCACCCGUCGCGGCUUCACCUCCGGGUGGUGACGUUAGUGGAACACCCAUUCGUCUUCACCCGGGAGGUGGAUGAGGACGGUCUCUGUCCCGCUGGUCAGCUUUGCCUGAAUCCCCUCACCAACAACACAGCCCUGCUCCAGUCCCUCUUCCUCCAGAUGCGGGGGCCUAACGACAGCAUUCCCAUGGAGUAUAAGAAGUGUUGCUAUGGCUACUGCGUCGAUCUACUGGAGAAACUAGCGGAGGACAUGGGGUUCGACUUCGACCUGUAUAUUGUAGGCGACGGCAAGUACGGUGGGUUUAAGAACGGACGCUGGACAGGGCUGGUGGGGGAUCUUCUCAGUGGAGCGGCCCACCUGGCGGUCACAUCCUUCAGUAUAAACUCGGCCCGGAGCAGGGUUAUAGACUUCACCUCCCCGUUCUUCUCCACCUCUCUGGGCAUCUUGGUACGGACCCGGGACACGGCCGCGCCCAUCGGAGCCUUCAUGUGGCCCCUGCACUGGUCCAUGUGGCUGGGGAUAUUCGUCUCGCUUCAUGUUACUGCCGUAUUCCUGACCAUCUACGAGUGGAACAGCCCGUUUGGGAUGACGCCGCGAGGCAGGAACAGAGAUAAGGUGUUCUCCUUCUCCUCGGCUCUGAACGUCUGCUAUGCCAUCCUGUUUGGCCGUACAGCUGCCAUUAAACCUCCUAAGUGCUGGACGGGGCGGUUCCUCAUGAAUCUCUGGGCUAUCUUCUGCCUAUUCUGUCUGUCCACCUACACAGCCAAUCUGGCCGCCGUCAUGGUGGGGGAGAAAACCUUCGAGCAACUCUCAGGAAUACACGAUCCUAAGCUUCAUCACCCAUCACAGGGGUUCCGCUUCGCCACGGUCCGGGAGAGCAGUGCCGAGGAUUACCUGAAGAAAAGCUUUCCAGAGAUGCAUGAAUACAUGAGACGGUACAACGUACCAGCAACCCCAGGUGGAAUAGAACAUCUGAAGCAUGAUCCACAGCAACUGGAUGCUUUCAUCAUGGACAAGGCCUUACUAGACUACGAGGUGUCUAUAGAUGCAGAAUGCAAGACACUCACUGUGGGGAAACCCUUUGCGAUCGAAGGUUAUGGCAUCGGCCUGCGUCAGAACUCUCCCCUGUCCUCUAACAUCUCAGAGCUGGUGAGCCAGUACAAGUCAGACGGCUUCAUGGAUAUGCUGCAUGACAAGUGGUACAAGGUGGUGCCCUGUGGAAAACGGAGCUUCGCCGUCACUGAGACCUUACAAAUGGGCAUAAAGCAUUUCUCAGGCCUGUUUUUGAUGCUGUGUGUCGGAUUGGUUCUGUCUCUCCUCACCACCCUGGCUGAACACAUCAUCUACCGCUUUGUCAUACCCAGAGUCAAGGACCCCAAGUUCAAGUAUUGGCUGCAUACUAGUCAG